CCCUUCCCGGGCGCCGCCGGUGAGUGCCAUGCUGCUGCUGGUCCCGGCGCUGCUGGCCGCAGCCUGGCCGCUGCCCCCGGCCCGGGGCUGGCGGGGAGAAGGGCCGGACCCCCGCCCGACGACCACGACCCCCGGGGCCCCGGACCCCGACCCCUGGGACCCCCGGGACCCCCGGGACCCCCGGGACCCCUGGGACCCCCGGCGCCAGCGGCAGCAGCAGCAGCAGCAGCAGAAGACCCCCGACCCUCUGCACUGUCCCCGGUGCAACAUCAGCGUGCAGCGUCAGGUGGUGGCCGGCUCGCUGCUGGUGCGCUGGGGCCGCUCCCCGGCCCGGCCGGGCCCCCCCUGCGACCUGCUGCUCUUCUCCACCGGCGGGCACGGGCGGGCCUUCCUGUCGGCCGCCUUCCACCGGGUGGCCCCGCCGCUGCUGGUGGAGCACCUGGGGGCCGGGGGCGGGGGGCCCCCGGGGGGGCGCGGGGGGGCCCGGGGGCCCCCGGGGGGGCCGGGGGGGUCGCCGGCGGCGGCCGGGGGCCCCCAGGCCCUGCGCCUCUGCGUGGGCUGCGGCCGGGCCCAGCCGCCCCGGGACCCGCAGGCCGCCCAGCCGCUCCGCUUCUGCUGCCUGGACUUCAGCCUGGAGGCCCUCCAGGGGGAGGCGGGCUGGAGGCUCAACCGCAAGCCCGUCGAGUCCACGCUGGUGGCCUGCUUCAUGACCCUGGUCAUCAUCGUCUGGAGCGUGGCCGCGCUCAUCUGGCCCGUGCCCAUCAUCGCCGGCUUCCUGCCCAACGGCAUGGAGCAGCGCAGGACCGGCCCGGGCGCUGCCAACGCCGCCCCGGGCACUGCCACCGCCGCCGCCGCCGCCGCAGCAGCCGCCGCCGCAGCCGCAGUCACCUCUGCCAAGUAGCCCCCCCUCCUCCGCCCCCCCUGCCACCCAUCUGGGGCUGCCGCCCCUCCUCGGACGGGACUGGCACCCCCAAGUCGAGCGACCCGCCUCGGGCCCCACGGCGGGCACGUGGCCCUGGAGGGAUUCGAACCCGGGCCCCUCCGGUCCUCCCCCACCCCGGAUCCCGGCUACUAGGCCGUGCCUGCUUCUCGGUCCGUGGGUCCGUGUCUGUGUCUGUGUCUAAAAGUGGGGGUGGGUGCGGGCACAACCAUGUGUGGGAGUCUGUAGGUGUGGGUGUGAAUGGGCGGCUACGCGGGUGUGAAAGUGUAGGUGAGUGCACGAGAGGGUGGGUGGGAAUGGGUGUCUCUGUGGGUGUGGAAAGUGUGGGUGUCUGCAUGAGUGUGGGUGGGAAUGGGUGUCUCUGUGGGUGUGGAAAGUGUAGGGGAGUGCACGAGAGUAUGGGUGUCUAUGUGGGUGUGUGAAAGUGUAGGUGAUUGCACGAGUGUGGGUGUGAAUGGGUGUCUAGGUGGGUGUGGAAAGUGUAGGUGUGUGCACACGAGAGUGUGGGUGUGAAUGGGUGUCUAGGUGUGGGUGUGGAAAGUGCAGGUGUGCACACAAGAGUGUGGGUGUGAAUGGGUGUCUAUGUGUGGGUGUGGAAAGUGCAGGUGUGCGCAAGAGAGUGUGGAUGUGAAUGGGUGUCUUUGUGGGUGUGGAAAGGGCAAGUGUGCACAAGAGAGUGUGGGUGUGAAAGGGUGUCUGUGGGUGUGGGAAAGUAUGUGUGCGCACGAGAGUGUGGGUGUGAAUGGGUGUCUGCGUGUGUGGAAAGUGUAGGUGUGUGCACGAGUGUGGGUGUG